AAAUUUGUUUUCUUUUUAAAUAGAUGGAGUCUGCACGCAAAGCAUGGGAGAAUUCCCCAAACAUGGGGGAGAAGAGUUCACCAGUGACCUCGGCAGCAUCUCCCAUAGCUGGUGGCAGCAGCAGCAACAGCAGCAGCAGCAACGCUGUGCCAAGCAGUGGUACUUACAGCUCUUUCUCUAGUGCAUCAAUGCCUCCUAUUCCUGUGGCUUCCGUUACACCAACAACUUCACUAUCAGGAACUGGAACAUACACGACCUCUUCACUGAGUACAAAGACUGCGAGCACCUCGGACCCUCCCAAUAUAUGUAAAGUGAAACCACAGCAGUUGCAGACAAGCAGCCUAGCUUCUGCAAGUCACUUUUCCCAGCUGAGCUGCAUGCCAUCCCUCAUUGCCCAGCAACAGCAGAGUCCCCAGGUCUAUGUAUCUCAGUCUGCAGCAGGUACUGCAGCCCAAAUUCCAGCUUUUUAUAUGGAUACAAGUCACCUGUUCAACACCCAACAUGCACGCUUGGCACCACCUUCUUUGGCCCAACAGCAAGGCUUUCAACCAGGACUUUCUCAGCCUGCUUCAGUACAGCAGAUCCCCAUCCCCAUCUAUGCACCUCUGCAAGGACAGCACCAAGCUCAGCUGAGUUUAGGAGCAGCACCAGCUGUGUCACAAGCCCAAGAGUUGUUCAACUCUUCUUUACAACCUUACAGGUCUCAGCAAGCUUUCAUGCAAAGUGGUUUGUCUCAGCCAUCGCCAGUAGUUCUGUCUGGUACAGCCUUACACAACUUCCCGACAGUACAACACCAGGAGCUUGCAAAGGCACAGUCAAGCCUGGCAUUUCAGCAGACUUCUAAUACACAACCUAUUCCAAUCUUAUAUGAACAUCAACUUAGUCAAGCUUCAGGACUGGGAGGCUCUCAGCUUCUUGAUACACACAUUCUCCAGGCCAGAGCUACACUCACCCAGGCUUCAAAUCUGUAUUCUGGGCAAGUUCAACAGCCUGGCCAGAGCAAUUUCUACAACACUGCCCAGUCUCCCAGUGCUCUCCAGCAGGUAAACUAUGGCAUGGUAACAGUACCUUUACCAGGAUCACAACUUUCUUUGCCCAACUUUGGAUCCACAGCACAGCCACUUAUUGCCCUACCCCAGUCUUUACAACCACCACUACAGCACACACCACCGCAAGCACAGGCUCAAAAUUUAAGCAGACCAGCACAAGUAACCCAGCCCUUCAGAGGAUUGAUCCCAGCAGGAACUCAGCACAGCAUGAUAGCUGCGACUGGAAAGAUAUCAGAAAUGGAACUGAAGGCAUUUGGAGGUGGUAUUGAUGUUAAACCUGGAACACCACCGGUGUCUGGCAGAAGUACUACUCCAACAUCCAGUCCCUUCCGGGCCAGUUCUACAAGUCCUAACAAUCAGUCCAAUAAAAUGAACAGCAUUGUCUACCAGAAGCAGUUCCAGUCAGCAGCUGCUGCUGUGAGAAUGACCCAGCCAUUUCCUGCACAGUUUGCACCACAGAUCCUCUCUCAGCCUAACCUGCUCCCUCCAUUGGUAAGAGCCCCAUAUACUAACACCUUCCCAGCGCCUGUUCAGAGGCUGCCAAUAGUACUGCAUAGUCAGAUGCCGUCUCAGAUGAUCACAGGCCUUAUGAGCCACCCUCGCUUACCGCAUGUGGCCAGAGGUCUUUGUGGAUCAGUGUCUGGAGCCAGAGGCAGUCAGGCCCAGGCUGCGAUGAAGGCUGAACAAGACAUGAAGGCAAAGCAGAGAGCAGAGGUACUUCAGUCCACCCAGAGAUUCUUUUCUGAGCAGCAGCAGAGCAAACCAAUAGGAGGCAAAGCGCAGAAAGUGGAUGAGAACGGGAGCAAACCCUCCGAGGCGAUUGCUGACUCUUCAGGAGUCUGCCAGGACAAAGCAGAGGAGAAGCCUGCCCCCGCACCUCCUGCAGCAACAAAGCCUGUUAGAACUGGACCAAUCAAACCUCAGGCAAUCAAAACUGAAGAAACAAAAUCUUAGAGGCUGUAUUUCCUUGGAGGUGGGGGGGGAGAGGGCAGGAUGGGGGAGAUGGCAGCAGCAGCAUGAAUUUGUAGCCCCAAGGAUGAGACAGCAGUCCUCUCUCCCUGCAGGGCUCUUAACUGCAUAAAGGGACAUAGAAGCUGUCAGCAGUUAUGAAUUUAAACUGCUGUGUAUCCAGCUGAGCUUCUAGGCUCUUUGGGCUUAUUAUUUCCUGUGACAGCAUGAAGACCGCUUUCGAUAGUGUGCACGUUUUACACGUGUGCGCAUGUUCUGGCUUACACACCUAUAUGCUUCCCAGCCUGAAAGCUGAGAAAUAGCAUAGCGAGGAAGAAGGCGGUUGGGGAGGCAUGUUCCUAGCUGACGAGAUAAAUACUCUUACUUUCUUCUGAUCUUCAGCUGCUAUUUAUCUUUUUGUAAACUCAUGAGUAUGAGAACAUGCAGAUCUGAAAAUGGUGCUGGGCCAAGUAACGUGCAUUAAGUUUGUAGUGACUUGAGGAGCUCCCGUGUUGUAUUAAACAGAGGAAUUCACAUAGCUGGCAGAAUCACCUUUACUGUGUGACGUGUAACGUAGCACAAAGGCUAACGUGGCAGUGUUGAAUUCUCUCUGAAGGCAGUGCUUUGCUGGCUGCUGCUUCUUGGAUGACAAUAUACUGUAUUUAGAUCACAAUAUGAAAAUGCUACUUGGCCACCUGUGUUCUCUACACCCACUCCCUCAGUUGUUCACCUCUGGAGAUGAAAGGUUAAUUGCAUCAAUAGUCCCAGUUAUUCUGUUCACCUCUGUCCAGCUAUCUUUAUAUGAAGCGAGUGAUCUUUAAACGGUUUCCAGCUUAUGUCUGUAUACAGCGAUGAGCACUUAGAGCUGUGCCACAAGAAUAAAAGAAACCUUGUUGGAUUAAAGAGAAUCUUAUCUAAAAGGUGCAUUCUUUAUAUCGGAGCUGCGUCGCACCACUUCCCUGCCCACAGUGUGCUGGAACGUAGAAUCAAGUCAGAUAAUGCCUUUUUAAUUGUAUCCUCUAGUAUUAUAGCUGUAGGACAGUACUGUAUGAUACUUCUGUGAAUGUAAGAUAUCCUGUACCUGCUUAUGAUAUGUAGUAGUGACUGUGCUAUACUGGAGCUGUUUUUAAUAAUGUUAUUCUAGAGGUUUUUUUCCAGACAAUGAUUGAAAAGCUAAUAAAAAGCACCAGGUACCACAUCAGUAGCAGAACUUGCUGGUUUUUUUCUGGGAUUUUUUGUUAUUUUUUUUUUUGAAAGAAGAGUGAGUUGAAAGUCUAAUGUGUAUAAUUUUGUUCAGAUGACUGCAGAAGCUGGAGAGGCUGUUGCUGCUAUUGAUGCCUAGUGAGUUGCUCUUGGUUAUCUUUUUAUAUAAAUAUAUAUAUAAUUUGAAUUUUUGGAAACUUUAGCUGUGAUGUCAACUUUGGAAAAAAAAAAAAGUAUCCCACUUGUAGUGUGAGUUGGCAUUGUACAGAAAUUAACAGCCAUAUUGGUCUAGAAAUGUUAAACUUAAUUUUUUUUCCAUUUGUACAGGGGUAACGCACUGUAUUAAAAAUAUGUACGGUCUUAUUUACAUGGGUUUGAUUACAGAAACUAAUAAAAUAUUCUCUAAAUAAAGUA